AAAGUUGUCGUUGCAAAAUCAAUCAAAAUUUUCCUACUGCGUUUGCAAUACAUUACAGUAUUUCUCACAACAAAUGCACGGGAAUUGCUGAUGUGGUCAAUUGCCUGACUAAAUAAUAACUAUAACCAACAACCAUAUUAACCACCACACAAUGAGCUCACGCAAAUUGAAGACUGAACCGAUACACAACUUUAAGGCCGUGCUCCUGGGCGAAGGAUGUGUGGGCAAAACAUCAUUGGUUCUGCGAUACAUGGAAGACAAGUUCAAUAGCCAAAACUUGAGCACAUUACAAGCAUCGUUUGUUAGUAAAAUCAUUAUAAUGCCAGAUCAGAGACAGGCGUUAUUGAACAUCUGGGACACAGCCGGUCAGGAGAGAUUCCAUGCUUUGGGUCCCAUUUAUUAUCGCGGUUCGGAUGGUGCCCUUCUAGUCUACGAUAUAACCGAUCACAAUUCAUUCCUAAAGGUCAAAUUGUGGGUGCGCGAACUAAAGGAGAUGCUGGGCAAUGACAUUUGUCUGAUUAUAGUCGGCAAUAAAAUCGAUCUGGAUGAGCAACGUGUUGUAGACUAUGAUGUCGCAUUCGAGUAUGCACAGAGCGUAGGUGCUCGAUAUUUGGAAACAUCGGCCAAGAAUAAUGAAGGUGUUACCGAGCUCUUUGAACUUCUUACUCAAUUGAUACUGGAACAGCAAACACAAGCCCCACUCACAUCAGCAAAAGCCCGUGGAGUUUCUCUACCCACAACAGAAACGAUUGAUUUGGAUUUAAAUCGCAUCAAUGGCGGCCAGGAAGAAAAUAGUUCAUUUUGGUCCUGCUGUAAAAUCUAAGAGACCUAAAACUAUCAAACUGUAAUAUGCAAUACGCGGAAAUAAAAACAGCUAUUUAGUAGGAA